GCUUUUGUGCGUAUAGUGUUGUGGCAAAAGCGUUUUCAACUUCGUCAUGGCUGAAAAUAAUGCGUUCAUUUUGGAUAAUGGUGCCUUCUACGCAAAAUUGGGAAUGGCGGACGAAUCUGAACCGAAAACCAUCCUGAACUGCAUCACGAAAGCCAAAUCCGAACGGAGACGACCGUUCAUAGGAAAUCAAAUAGAAGAGUGUCGCGACGUGUCGGGAUUGUUUUACAUACUCUGCUUCCAACGAGGCUACCUUGUGAACUGGGAUGUUCAGAAAACGGUUUGGGACUACUUCUUCAGUACGGAUUGCUGCCCGGUGCAAUUCUCCGAUACUCCGCUGCUCAUUACGGAACCGUUGUUCAAUUUCGGAUCCAUUCAGGAAGCGAUGCUUGAAAUUCUCUACGAAGAGUACGACUGCGAUGCCGUAUGCAAAACAACGGCCGUCGAUCUAGCAGCCUUCAAUUUCACUCACGGAACCGUUUCCACAACAGAACAACAGAAACCACUAUGCUGCGUGGUGGUGGAAAUGGGUUAUAGCUUCACACACGUGGUGCCCUUUGUGAAAGGGAACAAGGUGAAGGAGGCUAUCCGGCGGAUCGAUAUCGGAGGUAAAGUGCUCACGAACCACCUGAAGGAAAUCAUCUCCUACCGCCAGCUGAACGUAAUGGAUGAAUCGUAUGUGAUUAACCAGGUGAAGGAGGACAGUUGUUUCGUGUCACAGAAUUUCAACGAAGAUAUGCGAAUAGCACGCAAACGAUUCCCGGACAAUACGAUCGUACGAGAGUAUGUGCUACCGGAUUACACACAGAUUCGCAGAGGGUUUCUACGAAAACCGAACGAAUCUUCAUCCGCGGAUGGGAGUGAUGAACUUCAAACGAUCAAAUUGGGCAACGAGCGGUUCGUUAUUCCCGAGAUUCUGUUCCAUCCUUCGGACGUAGGAAUCCCUCAGAUGGGCGUACCGGAAGCGAUACUGGAUGCAAUCAACCUAUGCCCGGAGGAAACACGACCGCAUCUGUUUGCGAAUAUCGUCGUAUGCGGUGGUUGUGCACUUUUCCCCGGCAUGAAAACACGUUUAGAGAAAGAUGUUCGUGCUCUUGCACCAGAUGAGUACGAGGUCAAUGUAAUGGUACCUGAUAACCCUAUUAGCUACGCUUGGCAUGGGGGGAAAAAGUAUUCACAAUCGCUGAGUUUUUUGAAAUCCUGCAUGAGCCGCAACCAGUACGAGGAGUACGGCACCAAACAUCUGGUGGACAAGUACGACAGCUAGCGGUGUGGGAGAAGUAAAACGAGGCGCCAGGAGGACAUUUCAGGCUAACUGCAGUGAUGGUUUUAAUGGCAACUCUGCGUCGUGCAUCGGAUACGGUACAUUUAGGAGGGAUAGAUUUGAGUUUCCCGUUGUUUUUAGUUUCGAACAUCCACGAAGACGAGGAUAACCACGGUUUGGCGAUUA